AGUUCGCAUCUCAUCACAGCACCCGUCUAUUUUCCCUUGCCGCAAUGGGUUGGAUAAGACCUCAAAAGCCAACGAUACCCACCGUUUGGCAUACCUUCCAGGCGAGGGAUGUUGACAGCGAUCGUACGGUUACGUACCGCGUCGAGGAUUUGACCGAGGAUCGCCACGAUGACCUGAUUAGGUUUCUUUCGACAUACUUCCUGGAAGAUGAACCGCAAUGUCAGAACAAGCAGAUUUCCCAGGAUGAAGUAGCACUAGCUGAAAUGGUUUCCUUUUGGCGGUGGUGUUUUGCCGAAAAAAUGACCAUCGUAUGUUACAGGGAAGGAUCGAACGAGAUUGUCGGGGCGAAUCUGCUGCAAGUAAAGGGAAGGGAAAAGCCGAGAGAUAUCAAUACGAAUAGUGAAAAACUUCUGGAUAUGAUAAUGACCAACAGAUACAUGACCGAGCAAUUCAAGGUCUGCGAGCAGUAUGGCGUCGACUGGUAUCUGAACGCGUAUGGAUUGGCCAUCAACCGAUGCUACCGAGGACGAGGUAUCGCCACGGAAAUAUUGAGGGCGCGCGUUCCCAUCUGCCAAACAUUCGGUAUCAAGGUGACUACGACUAUUUUCACCUCCCUUGGUUCACAGCUGGCGGCUGCCAAGGUUGGGUUCAAUGUGAACUUCGAAAUGACGUAUGACGAUUUUGCUAAAAUGGGACCGAGAUACUCAUAUGCAGGAAUCCAAUCAAAAAGUUCAAAGCUCAUGAGUUUGAAAAUCGAUUAGUUUCUAAGGAAUGUAGUUGGUUCGCGUAGUAGACACAUUCCAGCAUUAGGGGACAACGAUUGCACGCCUCAUGC